AUGGUGGAAAAUGCUUUGGAUUUGCAUCUGCCUCCGAGGAUGAAGCUAUUUAGGUGGCGGGUCUGCCACAAUUGGCUGCCAGCAAAAACUAACUUGUGUCAUCGAGGUAUGAAUAUUAGCCCUGUUUGUGAUCUUUGUGGAAGUCAUGCUGAAACCCUUCCUCAUGCAUUGUGGAAUUGUGAUAAAGUAAAAGCUGUGUGGAAACUUCUUCCUUGGUACAAACAUUGUGGGAAGUUGGGUGAUGGGUCAAUGUUUAAUCUUUUGACAGCUUUAAGGGAGAAGCUCUCAAGGAGUGAGUUUGAAGACUCUCUUAAGAUCAUGUGGGCUAUAUGGGAGAAUCGCAACAGAAAAUGGAAUAAGCUCCCUGUUAUGAAUGGGGCUCAGGUGUUAGAUUUGGUGUUCAUAGCUUAUCCGAAUUCAAAUAGCAACCCAAGUGAUGAUGUAAAGAAUAGGGUGGCUUCCCCAUCUAACCCGACGCAUUGGCAGGCUCCUCAUUGGGGAAGAAUUUGCGCAAACUGUGAUGCUGCGAUGAAUCCUAAUCAAAUUGGAGUGGGUAUAGGCUUUUUAUGGCCUGACUGGAACGGGAAAGUGCUUACUGCUGGGAUUGUUUACAUCCCCAGUAGCUGUUUGGUGCUUGUGGCUGAGGCUUGGGCCAUUCUGGAAGCUAUAAAGGGACGACCGAGUACAGAUACCAGACCCUUCGAGAUCCAGUCGGAUUGUAAAGCUGUGGUGGAAGCGAUCAAGAACCAGGACAACCAACUGAGUGUUGCUGGAACACUUCUUCAUCAAAUAAAGUCUCGGUUGGAGGAUUCUAAUGAAGCUAAUAUCAGUUUUGUAAAUAGAAAUCAUAACGAAUGUGCUAAUAUGUUAGCUAGGAAAUGCCUAGCUACUAAAACCUCACAAUUUUUUGCUCAUUCUAUCCCUGAAUGGUUGGCCAAGCUUUGUAAGGCUGACUGUUCUAAUAUUGUGUAG